UGGCCAAACGGUGACAGAAUUAUUAUUAGAUUCACAGUUUAAGUUAGCGGUAAAACAAAAUUAUAAAUUAAACAUAAAUCGAGGAGGAGGCUGCUCCUUGAAUUAUGAUAAUUUCUCGUCAAAAUGGUAUCAAUCCAGAAAAAUAACGAUGGGAAAACGAGGGUAUUAGUGCCAGUUUUGCUAUGCGCCUUUGCUAUACCAAUUUCAAUGCUAUUCUGGAUCGUUAAUUUAGUUUACUCACUUUUUACACCAGAUGCCGACCAACAUACCGACGGAUACUCUGUCAUUUCUCCUUGGAGAUGGCUGACUGCAGUUGUAAUCCCAAUACUUUUUGCCGGUUGGGGUCUGAGACGGAAGAGUUUGGAUUUCAGCGGAGCUUUUCUAGGAUUGUUCACAGGAUUUAUUCUCAGCAUUACAAGUUAUACGCACAUCGCCUGUUUGAUAGCAUUUUUUUGCACUUCUUCGAAAGCCACUAAGUUUCGUUCUAAUAAAAAGAAAAAAUUGGAGGAAGAAUUUAAGGAAGGUGGUCAGAGAAAUUGGAUACAAGUUUUAUGCAACGGAGGAAUGGCGACGCAACUAGCGUUGCUCUAUCUAUUGGACGUUGGAUGUGGAGAACGGCCAAUUGAUUUUUCAAAAGACUAUAGGAGUUCCUGGCUAUCGGUUGGAAUAUUAGGUGCGUUUGCCUGUUGCAAUGGUGACACGUGGGCAUCGGAACUUGGUACUGUGAUUGGGGAUUCGGAGCCAUUUUUGAUCACCACAAGGGAGAGAGUUCCUAAAGGUACUAAUGGUGGCGUUACUUGGAUUGGGCUUUUGAUGUCUCUAGCAGGUGGCUUAGUCGUAGGACUAUUCAAUUAUGUUGCAGUAUUAUACACUGUAGACACAGUCCUGUUGCAGCUGGCUGCGCCCCAAUGGCCAAUCAUUAUUGCUGGUGGUUUUGCUGGUCUCGCAGGCAGCGUACUUGAUUCUAUUCUAGGAGCCACUCUGCAAUAUUCGGGCUUAGAUGAGACUGGCAAAGUUGUCGAACGCCCUGGGAGAGGUGUGAAGCAUAUUAGUGGUAGACAAAUCUUUGAUAAUCAUAGUGUCAAUCUUUUAUCGAGCAUAGUAAUGGCUCUGACUCUUCCAAGAUUGGCGAAUCUCUUUUGGCCUUGAUGUCAAGAAAUAAUUUAUGCUUGGAAGAUAAGGCUGGUCUUCAAUUAUGAGUAGCAGCUGUUGCAAUCUAUAGAUUAAGCUGCAGGCAGCCUUGAUGGAGAAUAGUAUCGAUGAAACGAUACGUUGUAUUUUCAAUUAUUGUUGUGUAUAUGAUCAUUAAAUCGGCAGUAACCGACUCUCUGUAAAAUAAUUGUAAAAAAUAUUCGUGGGGCCUUGAAUCAGUGGACGAAAUAAACUAUUUUCUACUACCUAUUUGAAUAUUUUUGCCUCAAUAAACUCAUUAGUUGUUAUGAAAUAAGGUCGAGUGUGAUAAGUAAUAGCAAAUUGUAUGUCUCAUGAUUGUAUUCAAAGUAUGCGAGACAUCACAAG